CGCCCGCCGGAGUUACCCGCCGGAGCCGGAGCCGGGCGGGCAGUCGGCGCUGGAGGCUGAGCAUGUGCAGACGGAGCGGAGCAGUGCAGAGCAGUGCAGGGGGCCGGACCGGGCAGCCAUGUACUGCGAGCGUGCGUGUGAGCGUGCGCGUGAGCGUGAGCGCGGCCGUGAGUGCGGGAGCGGCGUGAUCGGCGUGAGCAGCAGAGCACUGAUCGCCGUGGUGGUCCUCCUCUUCCUGGGCGGUGCCGCCGCGCUGCCGACGCCGAGAACGUCGGCCUGGAGGUCGCAGAGGUCGCCCAAACCCCAGUACGCGCACCCCCCAGAGUCGCAGCCGCAGUUCGCGCACCCCCCGGAGUCACAGCCACAGUACGCGCACCCCCCGGAGUCGCAGCCCCAGUUUGCGCAUCCCCCGGAGUCGCAGCCUCAGUUCGCGCACCCCCCGGAGUCACAGCCACAGUACGCGCACCCCCUGGAGUCGCAACCCCAGUUCGCGCACCCCCCGGAGUCACAGCACCAGUUCGAGGUGGAGCGCCCCAGGUUCCAGCCUUCGCAGUCCUACCGCCGACCUCUGUACCGUCGCGGUGGGCCCGGUCAAUUCAACCGGCCCCUCAAGCCGCGGCAGUUCGCCGACGAGCAGCAAGGCGUCCGGCACGCGUUCUUCAAGUCGUUCUACCCGGAGCCGACGACCGCCGGCGAGGUGGCCACCAGCACGACGAGCACCACCGCCGCGCCGACCACCUCAACGACCACCACCACCACCAUGACGCCACCGCCGACCGACGUCCACGUCGUCGCCAUGAGCGUGUCCACGUCGGUGAAGAAGGGCAGCGAGGACGUCCACGAGGGUGCCACCGUCGAGGAGCCCCCCGGCUCCGCCUCCGUCAUCCACCCCGUGCUGCUGCCCCCCGUGAGCGGGCCCGCGCGCUUCCGGGCCGACUGGGAGGUGCGCGACGAGCAGACGUCCCCUCGGCCACCGGCGCCGCAGCCCCGCCACGCCCUGCCGCAGGUGUACGGCAUGCCGGAGGAGAACUACGAGGUGGACGAAGCCCUGAGCGUGCUCUCCAACGGGCGCGCGCACGGCCGCCAGCCUACGGCCACCGCGCCGACCGCGGACAAGGUAACAGAGUCCUCCCCGCCGCCGUCGCCGUCCUCGUCCACGACGGCCGCGCAGCAGGACAAGGAGGACGGCGGCAAGCCGUCCGGGUACGUGGUGGAGGGCCGCAACUACCGGAAGUACCGCGUCGAGGAGAAGACCCCCGACGGCUUCAUCGUCGGCGAGUACGGCGUCGUCUCCCACCAGGACGGCUCCCUCCGCGGCGUCCGCUACACCGCGGACAGCACCAUCAACCCGAGGCUCAUCUACGACGCCCUCGUCAAGUUCCUGUCUCUGUGAGCGAGGCCAAGUCGGUGCCGUUGUCGGCGUCCUCCCCCGCGUCCUCCGUGACCGUGCCGCCCCCGUGACGACUGCGGUGCCCACGGCCGGCUCCUGGAACGCGCCCAUAAAGGAACUCGAUAUCUCGAAACUGAACGCACGAGCUCCCGCGCCGGAGCGGCUGGUCGCUCUGGAGUCCAGCGGCUCCGGGCGAGGGCGCGCGCGGGCGCAGGAGGCGCAUUCCAGGAGCUCGCCUGCCCGCCUGGAGCCCGGCCUGGAGCCCGGCCAUGCCUGGCUUCCUGGAGCGGGCAGCGGGCCCCACUUGUCCGGGGGCUCAGCGAGCGCAUAAUUAUUUGUUCUUAUUAUUAUAGUUAGUCGUAAAGCAUAGUUAUUAAUAUCGACGUUGCCAUUUUGUCCGUAACUGUAGUGUAUAGAGAAGCUCUCGGAGGCCCUGUCCUUGCAAGCCCCGCCCGCGCGGGUCCGCUCAAUGCCUUCUGCACCGCUAAUCAUGUUCCUUCUCGCAAUUGCUCGCCAAAUUUCUUCUCUCUUUCUCUUUCCCUCUCUCGCUCGCUCGACCAGUACUACCUGAGGUUGCCUCUGCGCCCGUACACAACACGGCGAGGUACCGAUCGCGCGAGGCGCACCGGCCGUUCGAUCGUAUCGCCUCGAAUAUCAACUGCCUUGAUCAACAGCCUGCCAGGCGGCGGCGUGUGGCAGGGCGUGGCGGGGCGUGGCGGGGCGCGGCGUCGGCGCCGACCCUGACCGUCAGCCCGUCAGGUGUCGGAGAGAAUACAGAGCACUCCCCUCCUUCUCUCUCUCUCUCUCGCUCUCUCGCCUACUCGAUCGACACUCCGGCUACGCUACGCACUCCGCCCCGCCCCGCCCCGCCGCCAGACUGAACAGCUCUCAUUUAUAAUUUGCCUCCGCCAGGCUGCGGCAGCCACUGCUUUGACACGGGCUGAAGGCGUGCGCAGGCCUCUGGCCGCGACUAGCUGUCCCCCCCCCCCCCCCCCCCCUCUCUCUACCUCUCACUCCCUGCCUCCCCUACGCCAACGUGCAGAGAGAGAGUGCAGUUUUUCGAACGAGCCUGCGAUACGGUUUCGCGUGAACGUCUGUGAUAAGGAGCUGCCCGCCUUUGUAUCGGUUCCCCGCAGUGGUCUAUCGCGCGCCGCUCUAUUUGUGAUUCCUCAGAACGCUAGAGUGAGUGUGUUUUCGCGAGUCUUUUUUCGCGCGAGACGUGUCAGUCGCGACUGUCGAUGAUGUUCGUAUCGCCGCCGUCGUUUGUCUUUCCCCGCCCGCAGGGCUUUGCUUUGUUGUUUGUUUUUUUGUUGUGUGCGUGUUGUGUAUUUUUUUCCACUUCUCUGAUACGAUAUGUUGUAAUGCUGUGACUGUGUUUCUUACUAGGCUGUGAAUGAAAAUCAGUGACAUGAUGUACUACUCUGCUAAAAAGUGGUGUAUUUAUUGAGGCGGCCGCGCUCCAGUGUAGUCCCCUCGAGCCGCCGUCGACUGUGUAGUGUUUGAUUUUGAUCAAUCAAUCAAUUAAUUAAUUAAUUAUUAAUGAUUUUUUAAAAGUGCUAUAAUAAGUAUUCGUCACGUUCGUCACUCGCUGCUGAUGUGUGGCGGGGCGUGCGGGUGUCACCCUGUGACUAUGUAUGUGACUGUUGUGUAUAUAUAUCCCCAGUGAUUUCCUUGCUCAAUCUGUGUUUGUGUGUGUGCUGUUUGUGUACGAAGCGCUUACCUUCAGACGAGGGAUGUGUUUUCCUUUUGAUAAUAAAUAAAUUAUGAAGCAAA